AUGCUGCUGCAAGCCAGCAUCUGCUCACAGGGUCGAGUGGCACUGCAGGAGUCCUCCCAAACUAGGCAUCCAGGCUUGAACAUGGCCCGCUCCUCCAAGCUGAUCACUGCUUGCGUCGCCCUGGCCGUGUGCGUCGCGCUGCGCAGCCUUGCCUUCCUCAGCAGCCCUGCGCCAGCCACGCAGCUCCGCGGGAGCACUCCCCUCGAAGUCGCAGCAGGUGCCGCAGUGCCAGCAGUCAUGAUGACACCCACUGCCGCGAUGGCAGCGGAUGGGGAGGGCAUGCCAUCCGUAGUGCUGGGAGUUGGCAUUCUCUGCAUGCUGGCAGCCUUCAGCGCAGUCUCCAGCGUCAUCAGCGCGACCGUGACCUCGGAGCUUGAUUGA